UGGCAACCCAUGUGCUCUCGCGAUAUUUCCGCAGUGGGUGGUGAGACAGCAUGGCAGCGACGGUGUUAGCGCAUUGUUGGAGAGGACUUUUUCAGAGCUCGGGCAAUGGAGCUGUCAGCACUAUCAAGUCGAAGAUUUUCGAGGGAGUUAGACAGAAAUCUACGGUACAGUACAUAUCAAGACCAGAUCAUCCAAAGCUGGCCUAUCAGAGAGUGAAAGGAAAGAGUCCUGGUGUAGUGUUCCUGCCUGGAUAUGGCUCCAACAUGAGCGGAGAGAAGGCAGAGGCCCUGGGGGAGUUCUGCAGGUCACUAGGUCAUGCCUACCUGAGGUUCGAUUACUCCGGUCAUGGAGCCUCUGAGGGUGUUUUUUCAGAAGGCACCAUUGGAACAUGGAAAAAAGAUGUCCUGUUCAUGUUAGAUGAACUCGCUGAAGGUCCCCAGAUUCUUGUUGGCUCCAGUAUGGGUGGCUGGCUGAUGCUUUUGGCUGCUAUAGCUCGCCCGGAGAAGACAAAAGCCUUGGUGGGCAUUUCCACAGCAGCGGAUCAUUUUGUUACAGCCUUUAAGACACUUCCUAUAGAGGUGAGAAAAGAGUGUGAGGACAAGGGUGUAUGGACAAUCCCCACGAAAAGUAACGAGGAGGGCAUGUACACCGUGAGUAUGGACUUCCUGCAUGAGGCAGAGAACCAUUGUAUCCUACAGAGCCCCAUCCCUAUCACCUGUCCUAUACGUCUCAUUCACGGCCUGAAAGACGAAGACGUGCCAUGGCACAUCUCCAUGCAAGUGGCUGAGCGUGUGCUGAGCCCCGACGUGGAUGUCAUUCUGCGGCGCCAUGGUCAGCACCGCAUGGCUGAGAAAGAUGACAUCAAGCUCAUUGUCUACACCAUCGAUGACCUCAUAGACAAGCUUACCACCAUGGUGUGAAGCAACGUUUGGGAUGGGUUUACCAAGCAACCAGCCUUAAGACCCUCUCCCACUUUCUUUGCCAGACACCCGCUUCCUGUUUUGUGCAAGACAAGAAUGAUGAAAAAGGUGAACUGUGGGAGGACAAAGUAUUUUCUGUUCAUGUCUUUUACUUGUUUACCACAAUGCUGUGUCAUUAAACCUUUUAGGUAAAGCUGCUGUUCGUCUAGCAAAAGGUUUGUCUAGAUCUCUGUGCCUUUUUAUCAUAUUUCACACUGUUUUAUGGCAAUAAAGCCUAUAUAUCAAUAUGCAGUAUUUUGAUAUAAUUAAACACUGUACUCCUUAAAGGAAUAUUCCAAUAAAUUCAAUGUUAAGCUCA